UACAAGAAGCUCAUUUGCCGGUCAUAUCCAGUCAUAUCCAAUUCGCAUUCAGCGAAAAGGUUAUGUUUUAGUUGUAGGUGUAACUUUUGUAUUGAAUAUUUAAAAAGUUAUUAAGAUUAAGGAUAAUCUAAGAUGAGUAAUUUCCAUUCAUCAAUGCGAUGCAUUUCUCCAAAUGCUAGAAUAUUAACUCCAAAGCCACAAGUACAACAAACACUGGACCUCAGACAAACACAAACCAAGGCAAAAAAUAGUAUCACAUGGUUUUUUAUCAAUAGCACUUUACUUGCAAUCAUUAUUUUUGAUAUUCAUAAUGGUUCUUUUAGAUUAUACGGUGGUGUAGCAUACAAGCCAUUCAGUUGGAUAGAAUGGUGCUUGGCAUCUAUAUUUGCCUUAAAUGCAUUAUACCACUUAAUUCGCUAUUUCUUAGCAAUAUUAAGUCUGCAACCUGUAACCAUAAGCCCAAGACAAAGGAGAUUAUUAGGCAUCACAGAUGACGAUCCAUUAUUUAAGAAUGAACCAGUUUCACCCCCAAAAGUAUCAGAACCAAGUUCACCAUUAAAUUUUUCCUGUAUGAACUUAAGCAGACCAUCAAGCACGCUUGGUUCACCAAGUUUAAAUGAAACAAAGGAUUAUCUAUCGUCAAGUUCGUUUGGCAAAUAUGGCCACUCACCAUCUCCACGCAAACUGACUCUGAGUCCAAAUAGUUCACUGAAUAAGUCUUUGAAUGCAUCAGCAAAUGGAAGCCUGACAAGUGAAAAUUUAAUACAAGAUGAAACGCAGCUGCAGAGCUAUUUGAAGGAAAUUGCUCGACAGGAAAGAAAAUCAGCAUGCUCAAUGAGCAUAGACCAGCCGUCAAAUCUUUUAAGCUCCUUCUGGUCGCAUCCUGCUGUUAGAAGUCCUAGUGAAGUCUCACCAAUGCUCAGAAGAUGUGCAUACCAAUUGGCACCUACAGUUGACAAUUCUAAAUCAGCGAGCCCCGGUGCUGAAGAAGGGAGCUCGCCACGUGGAGCAUUCGGUGUACCAGAUGUUUGGAAAAAGCGUCGCAUCAGUCCAAAUACAGUUAAUGAAUGGACAGCAAAUCUUCGUAUGUGGAUCAGUAAAACUGUAGUGGAACGCGUCGCAACGGAGAUAGAAGCAGUAUGCACCGCUCUAACCCGACAUGGACUUAGUGAUUCCCAACCUGGACAAGUAGGACUUGAUAGACUCCGUAAACUUGCCCAAUCCCCAGUUCUUGUUUCUGGCGUACCUACUCUUCCUACCUUGGUGCCUUUCCUGGAGCUGUCAAACAAUCAAGAUUACCUAGUCAAGAGAAUCAAAGUAUUAGCGAAGGGUGGUUCAAUGAGUGAAUUUAAAUGGAACGGUGGUGGAUCAUACAAUGGAAAGGAAUGGGACAGCAGUUUACCAACAGACACUGCUAUUGUAAUGCAUUUAGUAUCUUCAUACAUGGAUACCCAACUGGAAGCUCCACUAGACCAGCCGGAUGCGCGACCUUUCACAUCGAGAUACAUAGCUAAAGCUGGUACUGAUCUGCCAAAACAUAAAGGUCCAAUAAUCGUAUGUCAAUCUGUCAAUCCACCUCAUUAUAGUUUGGCAUUGACAGGAGAUUCAACUAGCGAUUCACAGCAGACAGAGGAAAUACCAAGGGGCCGAAAUAACAUGUUUCACACGUUGUUGUUGUUCUUGUAUAUUGUUAAAACACGUGAUCAUGGAAUGCUGGGACGUGUCAAUUUGGGAAUGUCUGGUGUCAACAUUCUUUGGGUCAUUGAUGGAUGAAUAGGAAGUGUACAAUAAUCAUUUUAAACUUGUUUUGCAGAAACGUCUUCUUAAAUUUGAAAUAACUGUUGCUCUCCACGGGUCUACUGAAUGAAAAGACUGCGGGCAGCAGAGUAUUCUUGAUGAUGGAUAGUGUAAGUGGGUAUCCUUGUACAUUCCUUUAUCCUGCAAAAAUCCUGUUCAUUGCAGAUGAUUCCCAAAUCCAAAUUCAACAAAGAGAAAGAGGAAAGUAUCUUGCUAGUUUUAUCUACAUAGGAAGGAAGAAGGAAUAGAAAUCGGUAUUAUUCCUCAAAACCUAUAUACGUAUUAUCAAAUCUGACAAGAUAGAGUAGAAGCGUAGAGUGUAGAGGUAAGUAUAAUUUAUAAUAGGACAAUUAAGGUGUUGUUUAGGUUUAACACCUAGCAUUCUGGACGAAAAUGCUAUGUGCCGGAAUUCAAAGUCAACAUUAGUUCGCGGUGCGAGUACAAAGUAGCUGCGGCGCAUGCGCAGCUCCGCCACUCCAUGUCGCUCCGGCUUGUCGGAACGCGGUCAGCGCUCCAGCUCAUUAUCGCUCACAAUCACUCACAAUGCGACAGACUUUGGAUCGAUCACAGCAUAUUCAGCAGGUCUGACAAGGAAGGAGUCCCAAACUGUUGCUCUCCAAUUUUGAUGAGCCUGAAAAACUGAGCGAUACGUAUUGUUUUAUCGGCGAAAAAAUAGUUUUAAAGAAAGAACUAAAAAAAGGAGACACAUGUCUUUGCGUUCAUCAAAAAAACUUCGUUUGAGGAGUGAACCACUCCUAUGCAGGUGCAACCAAUUUCUCAUUGAAACAGCAUUAUGUUGCUUGAAUUUGUCUUUCCAAUUAUUACAAAAAUUUCUGUGUCAAUUAAAAAGCUUAAUCGUUUGAAUAAC